AUGCCAGAAAGCCCACCAACUGCAAAAAUUGAAAUAAUAUUUGAUGAAAAAGAAAUACUAAAUGCCUUUAAAAACAUGCCCGAUAAAUACAAAGUCGAUGAAGAAUUGCCUAUAGACAAUUAUGCUUCUUUUUUGGCAGUAAAACACAUCAUAAAUGGGCAUGUGUUGAUUAAAGCAGAUUUUUUACCAGAGCCCAUAAGGCAAAACAUUUUAGAAAUUGUAAGAUAUCUCAUGUACAGCACUUUUCUGUCUACACAUAUUUUAGAAAUAAUCUAUCUGCACGAGCUGAUGCUAAGAGGAAAAAACUACGAUGCUGCCAUUGAAAAUCUGAGAAAAAACAUUACAAACUACCACAUUAGAAGAAAAAAGAAUGGGCAUGAGACGAAUAGUAUAACACUAAAACAUGAACUUACCGACUUUAUCAACUCGUGGUACAAAAUUGUCUGUAGUGUUGAAAAGAUAAACGUAGAAGAGUACAUAAAGCUGUAUAAAGAAAUGCUUGCCUCUACACACGUGUUCUUUUUGGUCUAUGUGAAGAACACGCUGUCCACAAGCACAAAUGUUAUUUCAAAUUAUUUUGAACAGCUUGCGUUUAAAAAGAAGAACUUAUACACCAUAAAAGAGCUCUAUGGCACCACGCGAGAGGGCGUGCCUUUAGUGGACUAUGCGCUGCAAUACAUUGUUGACAUUUCGGAAACUCUGCAAGAGCCUGCAAAAAGACUGAAAGAAGCCUACUAUGCAGAAAAUAAAACCAAUAAGGAAAAAGCAGAUAUUUUAGAAGACAUCCUUCCAAGCGAAGACGUAAAACUAAUGAGAUCUCUAGUUUACUUUGAAGAAAACAUCAAAUGCGAAAAGAAUGUGCUCACUAAAGUGCAUACUGUUUUGGAAAAUCUCCUGCUGAGCUUCCCAUCCCAGCUAAAAUUACAAGAAAUAGCCCCGCUAGAGCAGAUUGACAAAACUCCGCAGAAUGCGUUUCUGAACAAAGUCGUCAAUACGGUGGAAAGGUUUGUUGAGAGUUCAGAGAACAUAAAGAAAGCAAAGAAGCUGAUAAAAAAGUACUAUGACGAGUAUUAUUUCAUGAUUGUGGAGCAAAUAAAUAGUGUAAGCGACGAAAUAGAGUCUUUAGACCUAGAAGACAUCGAAUUAGAAGAGCUGCAUACUAAAAAAACACAGGAGCUACCUACUGCUAAAAACCCAGAGACAGCAGCUAUUGAAGAAGAACUUCAGAGAAUCGAAGAAGAAAAAGCCGUUUUAAAUCGUAAAAUAAACAAAAAGAACCGAAGGCUUGAAAAACUUAGGAACAUUCGGCGUUUAAUUGAAAAAUACGCUAAUAGAAGCAGCGAGGUUUUAGGCAGUUUGUCGAAGGAAUACUCUGCUCUAGACAUCACACAAAAAAACUACAUUGCUUCCAAAAUUUCAAGACAUGCAGGCAUUUUUGUAGAAAACUAUCGGCCUGCUAAACCUCCUAGUGCUAGAAAGCUAAUGUUCCUGUGCAGCACGCUCCAACAGGUUUUUGUUUCAAAUGUGUUUUUGUCUCUUUUUCUCUUGGUAAUUUCUUUUACCAUUAUCUACAUUACACUUAGACCUGCAGCAGGCUUUCAUUUCAUUAGACAAGUCAAUUUAUUUAAAUAA